ACGAUUAAUGUUUACAGAGAACAGGCACAUUGGGAGGGUAUUUUUUUUUUAGCGUACAAACCGCUCAAAUUUUUUACAGCUAUUUAGCUAAUUCGCAUAAUUGAACGGUGGGGUUGGUCAACUCCUACUUGUGUGUUUCAGGCUCGAGUACAGAAACCUACUUUGAAUAUAGCUGGCUUUCAAUUUCCUCGUAGAAUAAUUACCUGAACCUCUUUGUGUUUUUCACACAGUGUGUAUUUUCGGUCGGCAUGAGGCCUAAACUGUAACUCAGCAUUGUGUUGACAGGAACAGGUAGAACUGGAAUUGGGCAUCGUCCGAAGGUCGGGUUACAGCCUCAACACGACAACUCACCAGGUGCUGAUAAGGUACUAUAGGGUCACACCAUCCAUUCAGGCUAAAAACAAGACCAAUGUGAGCUGACCAUGGAGGACGUGGGACCGAUUUGAGGAAUAAUAGCACAACGUUUUCUACAAUGGGGACUCAGAGGAACGGUUUCAAGAAGGAAAGCUUCAUCUUAUCCGUGGACGUUGGUACAACGACAAUCAGAUGUCACGUCUAUGAUAAAGUGGCAAAAGUCCGAGGAUCAUGCUCCACUAAGGUUGUUUCCUUGUAUCCAGAUAUAGGACAUGUGGAGAUGGACCCAGAAGCACUAUGGAAAGGGUUUAUCACUGUGGUUAAGGGAGCUGUGCAAGAUGCAGGAGUUCAAAUGCACCAGAUGGAGGCCCUUGGCAUCUCCACUCAACGAGGUACCUUCACAACAUGGGACAGGAACACUGGGGUUCCUUUCCAUAACUUCAUCAGCUGGCAGGAUCAGAGGGCUGCAGACCUGGUGAAUUCCUGGAACAAAUCCUACACAAUAAAGGCAAUCCAUGGUGUGUCAAAGGUACACUACUUCCUGACCAGGCAGAAGCGUUCGCUUGCAGCAAGUCUUAUUGUCUUCUCCUCUCAACAUGUUACCUUCCGCCUCGUCUGGGCCCUAACACACUACAAGCAGGUUCGUCAAGCAGUAAAUGAAGGCAACUGCUGCUUUGGAACUAUAGACACCUGGCUCCUGUUCAAACUCACAAAAGGACUCGUCCAUGCCACAGACUACUCUAAUGCCAGUUCAACAGGAAUUUUCGACUCCUAUCAGAUGUGUUGGAGUGGGUUUCUCUGCUCUCUUCUUUCUCUCCCUCUGUCUAUUUUCCCCACAGUAGAAAAUACAGGGCAAGACUUUGGUUCCACAGACCCAUCCAUCUUCGGCGUGCCCAUUCCCAUCAUGGCAGUGAUGGCAGACCAGCAGUCAGCCAUGUUUGGAGAGUGCUGCUUUGACGUAGGUGAUGUCAAGAUCACCAUGGGCACGGGCACCUUCAUGGACAUCAACACCGGGAGUAAACCACAUACGUCCAUGGCAGGCCUGUAUCCUCUAGUGGGGUGGAAGAUUGGCUCAGAAGUGGUGUAUCUGGCGGAGGGCAAUGGAGCAGACACAGGCACUGCCAUCAAAUGGGCACAAAAGCUUGAGCUCUUCACUGACGUCCAAGAGACCAGCGCCAUGGCUUACAGUGUCAGUGACUCAGACGGAGUGUAUUUCGUCCCUUCCUUCAGUGGCCUGCAGGCUCCUCUGAAUGAUCCCAAAGCUUGUGCUUCCCUCAUGGGCCUCAAACCUACCACCACUAAAGGUCAUCUGGUCCGGGCCAUUCUGGAGUCUGUUGCCUUCAGGGUGGAUGGUGGUGUUUCAUCAAAUGACUUUGUCAUGCAGCUGACUGCAGACCUGUUUGGCAGAAAGAUAGCCAGAACCCAACACCGUGAAAUGUCAUGUUUAGGGGCUGCUUUUGUCGCUGGACUUGGAGUGGGCUUCUGGAGGACCAGGGAAGAGCUGAAGAAGCUGCAGAGUACCGACGAGAUGUUCUUGCCCCGAGGAGGAGCACCCAAGGAGGGUGCUGGCGGCCCAAGUCAGGAAUACAUCCCUGUCAUCCACAGCUGGGAGGGAGCUCUCAGACGCUCCAUGAAUUGGUACAACAAGCCAUGACAUGACAGGAUGCGCACACAUGGACAUCCAGGGUUAUACCAAAUGAGAUGAUGAUUUUUGAGUACAUGUAGGGUUAGCACAGGUCUGGAAAGUCCUUAAAAGUGCUUGGAGUCUUGUGCACUCCAUCAUCUCAAAUCUGUCGGAUUCACGCCAACAGCCACCUUCACAGCCUUGAAUUGUUGCCCACAUACUGAAGUUACCAUAUCUCCAAGUUCUUCACAUCAGAUUUUUAACAUUCCAGAUCUCAAGCCACCGGUGCCUUUUCAUGUUACAGCAUUUUAUUCAGAUGGAAAAAUAGUUGUACAUUUUCCCACAUGGGGGUGCUAAUGACUGCCUUUAGAGCUUUUUAAUUUAUGAACUGGCCAAAGCAACCACAUGCCAUGUGUUAGUAAGGAGCCACAGAUUCAAAUUAUUGAUAUCAGAUUCGCACUUGAUAGUCUGUGAGGGGGGAAAAAAGGACUUCUUCCAUGACGCCACAGAAUUUAAAGAGCUCUAAAUAGGAAGCAGUAUGUCAGACAUUCAUGUUUUUACGUGCCUUUUUUUUGUUGUUGUUGAUCAAACUGUAUUUUCAUGUUGUCAUUUUAAAAAAAAUGUCAGUCGAAAACAUGUAGUCACACAUGUUGCCUUUCUGGAGUAGCUUAAUUUAUGUAAUCAUUACUUAUUGCUGCACGCUUCCACAGUGCUUAAACGUAUCUUCAAGACUAAAUACAGUUAUUAAAUGCAAUGAUGAUGUUGUUGAAAUGUGACUGGAACAAAAACAAAUUGUACAUGUUUUGCUCUGUUUAAGGGAAUCCUGGAUAUGUAUACUAUAUACUGGAUUUUAGCAUUUCAGCACCUCAUUGUCAGAAAUGCUACUCGCUCCUCUGAUGCAACACAGGCAAUGAACUGAGUGUAAGAGGUAUUUUUAAAGGCUUAUGUGUCAGAUUAGGGAUUCAAAGUUUUAGCUUUGCUGUAAUAGCUGACAUAUCUUGAUGAAGUCACAGAUUAGCACCUUCAUGCGCUGUUGUUUAGGAACAAGUUGAUCAGGGAUAUUGAGCUGCAAUUAAUCGAUUAGUUGUCGACUAUUAAAUUAUUAAGAAAAAAAAGUCAAAAGGCUCUGAUUCCAGCUUCUUAAAUGUGAAUACUUUCUGGUUUCUUUACUCUUCUAUGACAGUAAACUUGAUAUCUGGGUUGUAGACAAAACAAGGCAUUUGAAGAUGUUUAAAUAGACCAAACAACUAAUCGAUUAAUCAACAAUGAAAAGAAUUGUUAGUUGCAGCCCAACAGGGAUAGAAAUAGGAACUGAAACAGAAUAAAGACACAUAGAAAUAUGUAUUGAGUGUUAUUGCUUGUUGUGUAGUCAUUAUUUUAGUUAUUAGUUGUUUAUGGUUGAAUUGUUAAAUGGGGGACAACCAUGUUGAUGUCAUAUGAUGAAGUUUGACUCAAAUCGUUUACCUGACUUGAUGAAUUAUGUCACAAAUGACUAAGAAAAUGUAAACUGUGAAUCUUAUUCUAGAUGUGUUCUACUUGCUGGGUAUUGUUCAAUGCUUUCACCUUUCAUAAUACUGCAAUAUUCUUACUACAUAUACUUAAAGGUUUGUUAUGCAAAGAGACACGAUGUAUAAUGCAAAAAAUUAACACCUCAGAUCAAAAUGGCAUUCCAGAUCGUCACAUGUGUGAUUUUCUAACACUUGUACUUGUUCUUGAAUGGCAAAUGUCAUCCCAAGCUGCUGGGAAAUGACAAACAAUACAUUUAUGUGAUCAUACAUUGGCAUUAAAAGUGUUUUGUAUGAUGUGAAAGGGCUAAUAUUAAAAACCGAAAUGAUCA